AUGCGGGGCUCGGUCUCUGCCCUCAUCAUCUUCGCAAUCAUACCGGUAGGUCUUGGAGCCGUAGUCGCAGCCGUCGCCUUCAAGGGCAAAAAUGUUGAGCCCCACGCUGCGUCUUCCUCAUCGGUCACGACUGCCAUCAUCAAGAUGACGGACACUCCGACUACCACCCCUGGCGUUCUUGAGAGGAACUCUCUCUGGACCAUCAACACCGCAAAGCCUCAGUCAAUCGUGAUCAACAUCUCAACCGACCGUCCCACAACCACUGCGGCUGUUGACGGCUCCCUCACUAUCAAAUGCGACCACGAAUGGCACCAGGACAGCACCCCUAUGUGCACCUACGGACCUGGCUUCGCCCGCCGUGAUUCAGUCAAGGUCCAUAUUCCCAACGACCCCAUAACUUCACUGGGCAACCCCCCUGGGCCCAUCCUAAUGGGAGACCGCCAAGACCUCGAGACUCUGGACAAGAAGCAGUACGUUGCAUCUGUUGCUAUGGCUGCUUCCGCUUCCGCUUCUAUCGACUGCAAGUACAAGUAUUGCGAUGGUCAGACCCAGUAUUGCAUGUACUGGGCCGGUGUCACUGGCUGGAACCCAUCCCUCGGCCCGGUUCCCGGCAUGACACGUACUGCUCUCAGUGGUUGCCAGGUGCCUGCAACGGAGUUCACGACUUACAGAUCGGUUCACACUACAAUGGCGCCGACAAAGAAUCGCGUUUGCAGCACCAAAACAUCCAGCUUUCGAGCACUAGCCGUGUAG